AUGUCCACUGCGAAGGGGGUGGCUGUAGAUAUGUGGAGGGGAAGUGCACUUGUGGGUGAGGAAGAGACGUGUGCUGAGGUUGUCGCUGCGGACAUGGAUGGAAGCAGGCUUGUCGUAGUAACUAUUUGUGAGCGUGGGCGGUCGAGAGCAGGCAUUGACGAGGAGUGGGUAGUUUGGGCAAUGGGAGAUUGGUUGCGGUAUGUUGACCGGGCAAGUGCACUUGCGGAUGAGGAAGAGACGUUUGCUGAGGUUGUUGCUGCGGACGUGGAUGGAAGCAGGCUUGUCGUAGCAACUAUUUUUAGCAAGCACGUGCGUGCUUGGUGGGAGGGGUGGGAAGGGCGUUGUGCGUGGAUGAAUAUUGCUGGAGAUGCACUUGUGGAUGAGGAAGAGACGGUUGCUGAGGUUGUUGCUGCGGACGUGGAUGGAAGCAGGCUUGUCUUACUAACUAUUGUGAGCGUGGGCGGUUGA